CAGAGGGAGGCCAGAUCACCUGACCCGGACUCUGGAGAUGCAAUGGCGGCGUCCGUGCUGCGUUUGAGCUAUCCUGGAAGACGCUGGGCUUUAACGUGGAUUGACGGUGGUUCCCGCCCCCGAAGUGGGACUCAGACUGGGCCCACGUCCAAUUGGGCUAGGGGUCAGAGUUCAGUGACUCAGCUUUCCCUCCACAAGGCUCAGAAGCCGAGGAAAGGUGAACACAAAUGGGCAGCUGUGGUAGGAUUGGAAAUUCAUGCCCAGAUUUCCUCUAACUCCAAGCUCUUCUCUGGAGCUCAGGUGUGCUUUGCAGCACCACCGAAUUCUCUGGUUUCUUUUUUUGAUGCAUCUCUGCCUGGAACUUUGCCGGUUCUCAACAGGAGGUGUGUAGAAGCCGCGGUGAUGACUGGCUUGGCACUGAACUGCCGCAUAAACAAGAAGUCCCUGUUUGACAGGAAGCACUACUUCUACGCAGACCUGCCUGCGGGCUACCAGAUCACCCAGCAGAGGCUCCCGAUUGCUGCCAAGGGGCACUUGACAUACAGUACCUACACAGGGAAGAAACGGAAUCAGGUGACCACCAAGACGGUGAGGAUCAAGCAAAUCCAGUUGGAGCAGGACAGUGGCAAGAGCCUCCAUGAUGACCUGAGGUCCCAGACGCUCAUUGAUUUGAAUAGAGCCGGAGUCGGCCUUCUCGAAGUGGUCCUGGAGCCUGACCUGUGCUGUGGAGAGGAGGCGGCCAUAGCUGUCAGGGAACUGCAGCUGAUCCUUCAAGCGCUGGGGACCAGCCAGGCGAACAUGGCAGAGGGUCAGCUGAGAGUAGACGCCAAUAUAUCGGUGCACCACCCUGGGGAACCUCUGGGCGUCCGGACCGAAGUGAAGAAUCUCAACAGCUUCAGGUUCUUGGCCAAGGCCAUAGACUAUGAAAUUCAGAGGCAAAUCACUGAACUUGAGAAUGGAGGUGAAAUUCUAAAUGAAACUCGUUCAUUUGAUUAUAAGCUGGGGUGCACCAUGCCCAUGAGAGACAAAGAAGGAAAACAAGACUACAGGUUUAUGCCAGAGCCCAACCUGCCUCCCUUAGUGCUCUACGAUGCCACAUCUCUGCCUUCAGAUGCAGACUCUCAGCAGGUGAUCAAUAUUGACCAGCUUCGGGACAUGCUUCCUGAGCUUCCCAGUGCAACCCGAGAAAGGCUUGUCCAGCAGUACGGGAUGCUGCCAGAGCACAGCUUCACAUUAGUGAAUGAAGUUGGCCUACUGGAGUUCUUCCAAAGUGUGAUAAAAGAAACUAGGGCAGAGCCAAAAAAGGUGACGAACUGGGUCCUGAACACUUUCCUGUACUAUUUAAAGCAGCAGAAUCUUGCAGUCAGUGAGAGUCCUGUCACGCCUGCUGCGCUCGCCGAGCUCCUCGACCUCCUGGACAGCCAAGCAAUUUCUUCAUCAGCAGCUAAACAGGUGUUCGAGGAGCUAUGGAGGAGAGGGAAGACAGCAGCCCAGAUUGUGUCAGAACAGCAGCUGGAGCUGAUGCAGGAUCGAGAGGCCCUGGAACAGCUCUGCCAGGCCACCAUCGAUGGACACCCCCAAGCGGUGAUGGAUGUGAAGAAAAGAAACCCCAAAGCUAUAAACAAGCUGAUUGGGCUGGUCCGGAAAGCAAGCCUCAGCCGUGCAGACCCGACUCUGAUAAAGGAAAUACUGGAGAAGAAGCUGUCGUUGUGAUGUGUGGUGAGGUCUUUCUACCUGAGGGAGGACAGUGUGGCCCUGAGAACAGGAGCCCGUGAACGCUGCUGUUUGUGUGGGUACAAUUUGUGUCUCUCAGUCCCGGGCCAAGCUACACCUCUUGGGAGGUAACAUUUCACACGUGUGUCCUCUGGGACCCUAUGGCCUGGGAAGCAGCUGGAGGUCUGCUCGCUGUCUGGAAACGGUUCUGCGAUGAUGCCAGCCGUGGUUAAAGUAAUAGCAUGUUCUACUGUGAAGGAAUUCUAAACAGAAUAAAGCUCAUGUCUCAACUGCA